AUGGCUGUCGGCGGCUGUUCCUGCGGCCAGAUCCGAAUUGAAUAUAGUGGUCAGCCUAUAGCGACGGGAUUAUGCCACUGCCUCGAUUGUCGCAAAAUUACUGGAUCCCCCUAUUCUUAUAGCUUGAUCAUCAAGACUAAUGAGUUGAAAGUCUCUGGGAAUCCUAAAGAGCUCCCGAAAAAAUCGGAUAGUGGAAAUAACAUCAAGAACUAUUUCUGCCCGGACUGUGGUACACCGCUUUUUGGAAGGCAAAUAAGUGACGCAGAACCUAACGGAGAACCUGACGGAGUGACAGUCCUCCGAGCGGGAAUCUUAGAUGAUGUUGGAAUCCUGGAUGAACGGAAGCCCGACCUGGAGAUUUACACAAUAAGCCGACUAAAGUGGGUUACUCCCGUCGAGGGUGCUCAUCAAUUUAGCGGCAUGUUUUCACAGUGA